AUGUUUCUAAAAAGAUCUUCUCUAGCUAGAAAGAAACCUUCUGGGUUUUCUUACGAAUCUGAUAAUGAUAUCACAUCAGAUGAUAAUAACACUCCAGAAACAGGUCCGGUGGGCACUGAAUUGUUAAAACGUGAUGAUUCAACUAAUUUUUCUAUUGAAGAUUCUGGUGUGAGUUUCAGAAGGGGUUUAAGAGACGGUACGAUAACAAAUAAACUUGAUUUAUCCCAAAAUCACCCUUUAAAUACACAUAAAAAGGUCAUAAACAACUUAAGCUUUACAGAUUCAUUAGUUGAGGACGAGUUAAACAAUAUACACUUGAGAAAAGCCAAAAUGACUAACCUUUUCGUCAAGAAAAGGUUCAAAAAAGGUAUUGAUUUAUCAAACUCUAAACAAAACACUGAUAAAUAUCAAUUUCCAGCCAAGAAUAUUCAAACAAUUCAAGAAGAUACACAUUUGGUUGGUGAAGAGCAUAAAGAUUUCGAAGAUAAACAUGAAUCUGAGUACUCUGACGAGGAUGAGGAAUCUGACGACUAUAGUAUGGAUAUCGAGGGGAACUUUGUAGAUGAAGUUGAAUCUAUAGAAGAAUCGGACGAUAUGGUUGAAGAAAGUAGUGAUGAAAAGGUUUCAAAUUCAGCCAAUAAUGUUGAAUUUGAUGAUUAUGUUGUACCACUUUAUGAGCUUUCAGAUGUGGAGUCAGAUUUUGACAUUGAGUUAGAAUUAUCGCAAAUUGUUGAUACGACUUUGUCUGAAGUACAAAUCUUAAAGAGAAACCUAGAGUCUAACCAGACAUUGUUGAACCAAAAUAUAGAUAAGAUAACAAAAUUGGAGAUGGAGAAAGCUCAACUUGAGAAACAUUUAACAGUUUAUUCCAAUCUUUUGGAAACUUCAAGUACAUUAUCAAGUUUAGUAAGCUCCAAGCUACAACCACUACUAGUAACUCUUGAUAAAAUUAAAAAAAAUAGGAUUGAGGAGAUGGAGUAUCUUCUACGGAUGAGAAGGUGGCUAUACUGUGAUUUUCUCAGACUUUCAGGAGUUAGUAAUUUGGACUACAACUGUGGAGAAUUGGAAGAUAUCGAUGAAAUGGGAAAGGAUUUAUCUCAAACAAUUGAAAGACAAUUUGAAAGGAGAUUAAAGGGUCUUACUAAUAUAAAAAAUGACCUUGUUAAGACUAGUGUAAGAGAUUCUGCCAAAUUUAAAUUCAGUUCUUUAAAAGAAUACUUGACAAACAAGGUCAGAGACCUGUUUACAGUCAAAUUGGGCACGAAUUAUACCUUUUCACAAUUAUCAGAGUUAUAUGAAUAUGAAAUUAGUUUGGAUCAAGUGGAUACGAACUUGAUGAGUGAUGUCACAGAGGAGUUUUGUACAAUCAGUGCAUGUUUGGAACCAUUUUUAAGUUUCAAAGAGACUAAUCCAACUGAAUAUAAUUCCCUAAAUUUGGCGGGAAACCUCAAAAACGUUAUUUUAUUUUUUGUUAAGGUUUCAAUUUUGACCUGGGAUCCAUUAAAGCAAUUUGAUCUUAAAUCACUUGAAUGGUUCAACGUCUUGCUUAAAUUCGAUCCAAAUAUGUUGCCACUAGUAGUGGAUGAGGUCCUUUUCCUACUCUCUAUGAACUCCAUAGAAUACUUUGAUAUUGAAUCAUACGAACAAUCGCAUAAUCUGGCUGAGCUCUUGAAAUUCGUGAUGCAGAAUUCUAGUCAGGAUAACAAGCCAAACAAUGUUGAGAAAAUUAUUUCCUCGCUGAUAAAAUCCAUUAAUUCCAAGGUCUCAGUGGUCAGUUUCAGGCUAAACUCCAAAGACUCCUCAUUUAUGUCAUCAAUGAUUAGUGACCCCGUGGUUUUACAUAUUAUCAAGUUCUCGUACUUGAACCUGAUUGCUAAUUUGAUGUGCUUUUCAGAUAUACUCUCCGGCACUACCCUGUCAACUAUGGCUGUGGAUGAUCUUUUCUUAAACAAGCUUUUACCGCUUUUAGACUUUGAAUCAGCCGUUGAUGCAUUUGUGGUUUUAAAUUUCUACACUCUCACACUACCCAUUUCUAGACUUUUACAAAUUAAGACCAAGAACACCUCAAUUGUGAAGUUGACGUUUCAACGUUUUUGUGAAUCUGAGUGGACUUCCCGAUCAAACUCAGAUAUCUUUAACAGUCUCUCAAUACCAAUGAACAAUAAAAGUUUCUCUAAACUCAUAAACUUUUAA